CUCCGAGGGCCCCGCCUGCAGCGGCUCGCCGGCGUCCAGAAGACGAGAGGCGUGCGAGAGAAAAAGACACCGCAUUGAUGGCGAGAAUGGCGAGAAUACCGAGUUCUCUUCGCGAGGGGGCUCCACAAGAUCGUCCAACCUAUAAAGAUGCGAGGGCACACGACAUGCGAUUGAAGCCCCACAUCCUCCUCCUCUUCUUGCCCGCCACCAUGUCCGCGUCUUCACCCCCAAUCAAGACCGACCAGGCCAAGGAAGACCUCACCCCGCCUACCGUUUCUCGCACCGUCUCAAUGGCAAGUGGGCACCAUGACACGGCGACACCGCACCACGAGACUUCCAAAGUCACCACGCGAUGUCUUCUCCUCAUGUCGACCGUCUGCUCCGGUGGUUUCCUUUUUGGGUACGACAUCGGGGUCAUCUCGGGCUGCCUCAUCAUGAAGGACUUUGUGCUGCGCUUCGGUGGCGAGCAAUCCGCUUCGGGCGGCUGGGAGCUGCCCGCCGACACGCAAGCAAACAUCACUGCCCUGCUCGGUGCAGGCACCUUCUUUGGUUCACUGCUCCAAGCUCCACUCUCCGACUGGCUCGGACGACAAAAGAGCAUGAUCCUCUGGUCACUCAUCUUCGUCAUCGGCGCAAUCAUUCAGACGGCGACCGAGACGGCCGUGGCGCAGUUGAUGGUGGGAAGGCUCAUCGCCGGCUUGUCAGUCGGAGCACUCUCCGGCCUCUGCCCCCUUUACCUCGGAGAGACGGCGCCCAAGGCCAUCCGCGGCAUGAUCGUGUCUGGCUACCAGCUUCUCAUCAUCACGGGCAUCGCCGUGUCGUACGGCAUUGCCUGGGCAAGUCAGACGGCUGAGAACUCGUCGGCGUCGUGGCGCAUCCCCAUUGGCCUGCAGAUGCUUUGGGGCCUCAUCCUCUUGAUCCUCGUCCUCUUCCUGCCGGAGUCGCCACGCUGGAGGCUACAGAAUGGACAGAUCGAGCAGGCAAAGGCUACGAUGGCUUCGAUGCGCGGGAUUGCGCUGCAUGACUCCCCUCAGGGACCGCGAGGCGACCAUGCCAUGGAGGCAGAGUUCGCAGAGAUGGAAAUGUUCAUCGCCAAGGAGCGCGAGGUCUUCAAGCACUCCAACUACGUGACGGCCUACGCCAAGUGCUUCUCGCUGGAUAGGCAGCUGUGGCGUCGCACAUUGCAGGGCAUGCUGCUCCAGACUUUCCAGCAGCUCAACGGCCAAAAUUACUACUACUAUUACGGCCCCACCUUCUUCUCGUCGGCCGCUCUCGCCCUCAACAGCUUCCAGAUUCAAUUCAUCCUCGGCAUCGUCUCUCUCAUCUGCACUUUCCCCGCCCUGUACACAAUCGAGCGCGUAGGACGUCGCAAUCUCCUCCUCUUCGGCAACACCGUCUGCUUCAUCUGCGCAUUCAUCGUCGCCUUUGUGGGACACUACGCCAUCGCUCCCGCGGGAACGCCGCAGGAUCAGAUCACUGCCUCGCAAAAGUCGGCGGGCAACGCGUUUGUGGCUUUUGCCAUUAUUCACCUCGCGGCGUACAGUAGCUCGAUUGGGCCUGUGCCUUGGGUGUACCUGAGCGAGAGCUUCCCGCAGGAGGUGAGGGCAAAGAGCAUUUCGCUUGGGGCUGCGGCCAAUUGGUUCUGGAACUUUAUGCUCUCCUACUUCUCUCCCAAACUCUCCGUCCAAUACGGCACCUUCAUCCUCCUCAUCUUUGGCAGCAUCGUCUUCACCUCGCUCGUCUUCACCUUCCUCGUCCUACCAGAGACGCGCGGCCUCACCGUCGAGCAGGUAGACGUCAUGUACGAGACGGGCGCGGCCAACCGUCCCUGGCGAACGUCCAAGUGGGUGCCACCCGUGGGGGACUCCAAUCGCGGGGUGUUGGGUGCUGGUACGGGUGGGGUGACGAACAAGACGGGAGAAAAGGCGCGAGAUGAUAUGGCGUGACGUGACGUGGCGUGGCGUCUAUAGCGGCAUCUAUUUGCAAUGUACCAUCUUGCC